GUUACCCCCUCCCCAUUUAUUUCUCCGUGCAUGUUGCAUUUACAGAUACCACCUACUCACAUACAAUACUUCCAUUCCCAAGAUAACUUGACAUGCUGCAACAUAAUUUUUUUUCACUGCUAUUGAUAGAUAGACGCUUUGGUGUGGUGCAUAUUUUCUUUUUCAUGGGGAAGGCAGCAGGAGGCUCAUGGCUGGCUACUGUGACAAGGGCAUUCAGGUCUCCUACCAAAGAAAAGGACAAGAGAAGCAGGAGGGCAAGAGAAGAGCAUGAACAAGAGGACGACAAAAAGAAGAGGGGAAAACGAAGAUGGAUCUUCAGAAACCCCUUCGGCCAAGAGACAACAGCCCAACAUUGCGAAGAAAGAACCAUAACGAGUAUAGCUGAUGUGAUCGCAGCAAGUUGUAAUGCAGAGCAUAUGCAUGCAAUUGCAGUGGCCAUGGCAACCACAGCAGCUGCUGAGGCAGCAUUAGCAGCUGCUCAAGCAGCUGUGGAGGUCGUUCGCCUUUCUAAGCCUUCCUUCUUUGUCAGAGAACACCACGCAGCCAUUGUAAUCCAAACAGUUUUCAGAGGCUACCUGGCCAGGAGAGCUCUUGGGGCACUUAAAGGAUUAGUGAAGCUGCAAGCAUUAGUAAGAGGUCAUAAUGUACGAAAGCGAGCUAAACUAACCCUGAAGUGCAUGCAAGCUCUCGUUCGAGUUCAAACUCGUGCAUGCCAACAGCGAGCCAAGCGGCUCUCACAACUUGAAAGAGACGCAGAUUCCACAGACGAGAGCGGGACAGAGGAAGUGCGGAUGCGCUGGGAUGACCACCCACGAACAGUGGAUAAUAUUCGAGCUGUGUUACAGCGAGCAAAGGAAGUUUCCUUGAGACGUGAAAUGUCCCUGGCUGAUGCCUUCUCUCAUCAGAUAUGGACAACUAGUAAAGAAGCAUGGGCCAGCGAGGGAGAGGUGGAAGACAGCGACGGGUCCAGGUGGAGGAGAAGGUAUAGAGAGAACAGAGGCAGAGCUUCGUGUGAUCAAAGAGACCCCAUCAAAAUAGUUGAAAUGGAUACAUACAGUCCUCACUCUAACACUGUUCCCACUGAUAAAGAGAGAUCAUAUUGUGGGUAUAAACCACCGAAACUUUCAAUGUCUUCGCCUGGGUAUAAUAAAGCCCACCACGAGAUCUCAAUGGCCAUGACACCACCACCAGUGAAGAUGAAGGAUGUUGAUCAGGUGCAUUCAGCUAGUACUUCUCCUCGUGCAAAGUCCAAUCUUUUGAUGCCAAACUAUAUGACAGCCACUGCAUCUGCUAAGGCUCGGUCUCGCUCACAAAGCGCCCUCAGACACUGGAAUUCAACCCCCGAGAAGGAGAAAAUGGGAUCCAUCAAGAAAUGCCUUUCAUUCCCAGUUCCUUAUUCCUGCGAUGGUGCUCACACUUGACAAUGGAGGCACUUCUUAUGCAGGAGUGUCCCAUUCCAAAUUCCCCAGAAUGUACAUGCUUAUAAAGGUAUCCUAGUUUGUUCACAAAUCUGAAGAAAUGUUGUGUUAUUGAGUUCCAUUGAACACUAGGCCUACAUUUCCUGGGCAUAUCUUGGUAUUAGAAUCAAAGCAUCUCUAAAUCCAAAGCCUAGCAAAUUUCAAUAUUUUUCACGAAUAUGUACGCAUCUGUCUCCUGUUUUGCAAGCUUUCUCUUCAAGCCAUGUGUAAGCGCAAUCACCAAAG